AUGUUCACGUUUUGCUCCCUCCAGGGUGCGCAGUCCGAGUCGCUGGCAUCGCAGUCCCUGCUGGAGCUCGAUGGUGGCGUCAAGGUGCUCGUAGACCUCGGGUGGGACGAAUCAUUCGACGUGGCCAAGCUCGAGGAGCUGGAAAAACAAGUCCCGACCCUCUCCCUCAUCCUGCUGACGCAUGCGACCGCCUCCCACCUCGCCGCCUACGCACACUGCUGCAAGAACAUCCCCCUCUUCACGCGCAUCCCCGUCUACGCGACUCGACCCGUCAUCGACCUCGGCCGUACCCUCACGCAGGACCUCUACUCGUCGACCCCCGCUGCGGCCACAACAAUCCCGCCGUCUGCGCUCUCCGCGUCCGUUUAUGCCUACGCGCAAACGACAGCGGCAGCGCACAACCUGCUCCUGCAGUCCCCGAACACUGAAGAGAUUGCGCGCUACUUCUCCCUCAUCCAGCCGCUCAAGUAUUCGCAGCCGCACCAACCGCUGCCGUCGCCCUUUUCGCCGCCGCUCAACGGUCUCACAAUCACCGCCUACAACUCGGGCCACACGCUCGGCGGUACCAUCUGGCACAUCCAGCACGGGCUCGAGUCCAUCGUCUACGCCGUCGACUGGAACCAGGCGAGGGAGAAUGUCUUUGCGGGCGCGGCCUGGCUGGGCGGCGCCGGCGGCGGUGGCGCGCAGGUCAUUGAGCAGCUGCGCAAGCCGACGGCACUGAUCUGCAGCAGUCGCGGUGCGGAGAGGAAUGCGCAGGCCGGCGGUCGCACCAAGCGCGACGAGCAGCUGCUCGAAACGAUCAAGGCGGCGGUCGUCAAGGGCGGCACCGUCUUGAUCCCGGUAGACUCGAGUGCGCGCGUGCUCGAGCUGGCAUAUCUACUAGAACACGCAUGGCGGACAGAUUCCACAUCGGUAAAUGGCGUUUUAAAAGCUGCAAAGCUCUACUUGGCAGGUCGAAAUAUGGCGAGUACCAUGCGCUACGCACGGAGUAUGCUAGAGUGGAUGGAUGACAGCAUCGUACAAGAGUUCGAGGCCUUUGCGGAAGGCCAGAAGAAGACGAAUGGAGCCAGCGACAGGAAGGUUGGUGGUCCGUUUGAUUUUAGAUUUAUGCGUCUGCUGGAUCGCAAAGCACAAAUCGCAAAGCUUCUCUCGACGGUUGUGCAUCAUGACGAGUCGCAUGGGCGUGUGAUUCUAGCGAGCGAUACUAGCAUGGAUUGGGGAUUCUCUAAAGAUCUGCUCCGAGGCCUGGCGUCGGAUCCGAACAAUGUUGUGGUCCUCACCGAUAAGCCUGGCCUGGCGCAAGAAAGCGGCCCAUCCAUAGCCAGAACGCUAUGGAGCCUGUGGAAAGAGCGCAAGGACGGAGUUGCUACAGAACAAACGACAACAGGCGACGUUAUCGAGUACGUCAACACAGGCGGCUAUGACUUGGAGAUUCGCGAUGCCAAGCGUGAGCCCCUAGAAGGCGAGGAGUUGACCGCAUAUCAACAAUGGCUUGCCACACAACGGCAGCUCCAGGCUACACAGCAGACCGUCGGCGCCGACGGCAUGGAGGCAUCUGCCGACGUCGUCGACGAUGUAUCCUCAGAAUCCUCGUCAGACUCGGAAGACGAGGACGGCCAGCAACAAGGCAAGGCACUGAAUGUGUCCGCUGCUCUUGGCCAAGCGGGCCGCAAGAACGUGGUUCUCAAAGACGAGGAUCUCGGUAUUAGCAUAUUAAUCAAGAAGAAGGGAGUCUACGAUUUCGACUCACGCGGGAAACGCGGCCGUGAACGAUCUUUCCCCAUUGCGGUGCGCAGAAAGAGAAACGACGACUUUGGCGAGCUGAUUCGGCCAGAAGACUAUCUCCGCGCCGAAGAGAAAGAAGACGACGCCGUCGACGGCCCGAAUGCCGCUGCCGAUGAUGAAAACCUGGGCAAGAAGCGCAAGUGGGACGAUGUCCAAGGCGCCGGCGCCAACAAGAAGCCGCAGCUUGGCAGAGGCGUCGCCGGUGGCGCGUUUGCAGGCGACGGCGGCGAGGACGGCAACAUGACGGGCAUGCAGGAUGGCUUUGAGCCGGACGAACUGGAUGCCGCCGAGGAUGUCCAGACCGACGAGCCGGACGGCCCUUGCAAGCUGAUUUACACCACAGAAACCGUCGCCGUCAACCUGCGCAUCGCCUACGUCGACUUUGCCGGCCUGCACGACAAGCGCAGUCUCAACAUGCUGAUUCCGCUCAUCCAGCCGCGCAAGCUCAUCCUCACUGCGGGCACGCGCGAGGAGACGUUGGCGCUGGCGCAGGACUGCCGCGCCAUCCUCGGUGCCGAUGCUGCUGGGGGCGGCGAAAAGGGCGCCGGCAGCAGUGCCGACGUCUACACACCCGAAAUCGGCGCCAUCGUGGACGCCAGCGUCGACACGAGCGCCUGGGUCGUCAAGCUGGCCGACUCGCUCGUCAAGAAGCUCAAGUGGCAAAACGUGCGCGGCCUGGGCAUCGUCACCGUCUCUGGGCAGCUCUUCGCCGCCGCCGCCGCCGCUGCUGCCGCCGCCGCCGGCAGUGGAACCACAAACGAAGACGCCGAAGACGAAGACGCGGCCAACAAGCGCCAAAAGACGAGCGACUCCCUGGCGCUCACGACGACGCACUCGGCCGUGGUCGCCGCGGCGCCGGGCGUCAUGCCGACGCUCGACGUGGUGACGGCCAGCCUCGCGGCGGUGGCGCGCACGGCCGCGCCGCCGCUGCACGUGGGCGACCUGCGCCUCGCGGACCUGCGGCGCGCGAUGCAGGGCGCGGGCCACGCGGCCGAGUUUCGCGGCGAGGGCAUGCUCGUCGUCGACGGCGCCGUCGUCGUGCGCAAGACGGCCGAGGGCCAGGUCGAGGUGGAGAGCGUGGGCCUGCCGGUCGCAGGCCGGAGGAGCACGCUGCACGAGGUCAAGAGGGCCAUUUACGACAACUUGGCCGUGGUGGCCGGCGCAUGA